AAGUUAGCAAACCUGCUUCACCGUCGACUAUCGUUGAAACUACGGUUAGGUCUCAUUUCUUAUUCUCUUACACCUGCACACACAUACUCGUCGAUCUGCAAACCUUGAGUUCGUUAACAGACCUCAUCCGGUUAUUCGCUUUCCGGUGAAAUGGAGAACCCUGUAGCAAAUCAACUGCCAGAAGCAGAUUCAUUGCCUGAUGGAUUUGUUGAUAGCUCCGCAGAACCGCUGACCUCUUCGCCCGCAACACCAAAUCAAGAAAGUGAAGUCGCUGAUUAUAAAGAGGAAAAACUAAUCGAAGUUGAUUCAAGGCCCAAUUUGAUAGUGGAUGACUUUCAGUCAUGUGAAGGUGACAAUGGAAAUGCUGACCGAACAAGAACAUUCCCUGUAGAACUAAUCGAAGAUGCUAGUUGUGAUGCACCGAAGUUGUUAAAAACGCCUGUAGAGGUUUGUAAAGAUGUGAGUCAUUCGGGAUCACCAGAUUCUGUUUUAGAAAAUGUGGUACGGAAAUCAGAACCUAAAAUGGCUCCUUCAACUGAUGGAAAAAAGCAUGCGGAAAAACCAACUGAGCAAGGAGUGGCAACGCAAGCUGCCCGUGUACAAGGAACAUCUGAAAUAAAACGUAAAAGUGCAAAGCGUACAUUCAAGACAGAAAAGGAAUUUUUCGAGUUCACUUUGUGUUAUCAGAAAGUUCUUUCCGAAAGAGAUGCAGCAAUUUCAAUGAGAGAUAAACUUGAGUCAUUGUGUAGGGAGCUACAACAUCAAAACAAGAUGUUAAUGGAUGAGUGCAAAAGAGUAUCAUCAGAAAGUCAAAACUUAAGACUAGAGCUAUCCAACAAGUUUCAGAAAGCAAUAAAGGAUGUUACCAGUAAGCUGGAAGAGCAAAGGGACGACAGUUUGACUCAACUGAAGGAGAAUGAAAUGUUAAGAAACCAAUUAAAGCAAAAGGAAGCUCAAAUCGCGCUUACUGAGCAACAGCAUGCUCACCAGUUGAAGCAGAAAACUCUAGAACUCCAAAUUGCAGAUCUGAAGAUCCAGCAACAUGAAGAAAAUUUAGCUAAGGAACAGUCACAGAUGAAGAUGUAUGCAGAACAAGUGUCACAGUUGUUGGCAACAGAAAAGAAUUUACGGUUACAGUUAACUGCUGACGGUGAAAAGUUCCAGCAAUUCCAGGAUGCAUUAGUGAAGAGCAAUGAGGUUUUUGAAACGUUUAAGCAAGAAAUUGAAAAGAUGACGAAAUCAAUAAAGGAACUCAAAAAGGAAAACUCCUUUCUAAAGGGCAAAACCGAAAAGUCGGACUUCACUCUCGUGAAACUAGUGGAGGAGCGCGAACACAUGAAAAAGCAACUGGAGAAAACCAAGAAUCAAAAAGAAAAACUCGAAUCGUUAUGCAGAUCACUUCAAGCAGAGAGGAAGCAGAAUUCAAGUAGUCAAAACACUGAUUCAGUCCCUGUUUAAACCCCACAACAUUCCGACACUGCUAAACUUACAUGUGAGGUUUCGCUUUGCCAAUCUAGUCAAGCUUUCUGCUUCUGGUAUUUGAAUAUGUAGUGGGAUCAGAAACUGGCAAGAUGAGUGAGCCAAAACAUUUUUUGCUUAGUAAUGAAUCUUGAUGCAAACUGUUAAUCAUGAUGGAACUCAUUUGAAAUCAUUGUUUUGUGUUGAAUUUAAAGCAAGUUCCUCAACUGACAAAACUAAUAUCUAUGCUGGCCUGCAUCUUUGUUGGUUUUGUGAA